AUGAUCGUGCGGGGCUGCUGGUGGAGCGAAGCUUCUUGCGGUGGUGCUCGCUGCAGUGUUGCGGUGGGGGUUGAAGUGUUGGCUGAGCUUGGUAAUGUUGGAGAGAGCAGGGGAUCGGAGUUGUGGUGUUUCGGCGUUGUGGGUGACGCCACCUACACUAUAUCCCGAACCGGAGUCGAAAAAAUGAGCCACCUACAUUUCUUCUUCCAAGAUAUAGUAAGUGGCAAACGCCCAACCGCGGUCCAAAUAGCUAGCCCAAACCACCGUUAUGGUUCAAAUUUUGGGGAUAUGUUCAUGGCAGAUGAUCCAUUAACCGUUAGGGCGGAUCGAAGGUCAAAGAUCAUAGGGCGAGCCCAAGGGGUGUAUGGGUUUGCAUCUCAAGAAAAUGUUGCAUUGCUAAUGGCUAUAAAUUAUGUGUUUACUAAGGGAAAAUACAAUGGGAGUAGUAUAACUAUAAUUGGUAGAAAUCCUCCAAUGCAAAAAGUUAGGGAGAUGCCUAUUGUUGGUGGAACUGGGCUUUUUCGGUUUGCUCGUGGAUAUGCUUUGGCCCAUACUGUUUGGUCCAACCCACAAGGAGAUGCUAGUGUAGAGUACCAUGUUUAUGUGCAUCACUAUUAGAUAAUCCAUUAGUGUAAUAUAGUAUUUCCUUCGUUUUUUAAGUGCAUCAUCAAAGUAAUAUUUUUUUUAUUUUUUAAAUUUUAAUUUUUUUUUAUUGAUUUCGCAAUUCUUUUAAUCAAUAUUUAUGCAAAGCAUUAAUAAUGCAACAUUAAGAUAAUACAACUUUGUUUAAUAAUACGUAGUGGCUUGUUUGUACCCUUUGUGGUAAUGUAAUCUAUUACU